AUGGCACGGACCGAUGCACCACGAGAGGCGCGCUGGAGCGUACUGCGGCUCAUGCCGAUGCUGUACGAGAGCAUCGCGCUGGGCGGCCGCAACGGCGUCUCGAUCCGGGAGCUCUUCGACAUGUACGAGCCGACGAAGGACGCUGCCGUCCGCGACGCGUGCUGGUCCAUCUUGCGCCAAGGCGCGUUCCAGGACCAGCCGGUCCGGUUCUACCGCAUCCAGCCUGUCUCUGCAGCGCCGAUCAAGUACGAGGCGGCGACGUCCGGCUCGAAGCGCAAGGCGCCCCCAAAGCCAAAGGCCGCGCCCUCCAAGAAGCGGCGCAAGACAAGCGACAACGACCACAGUGCGUCCGAGUACAGCGGCAGCGCCUCCGACAUUGAAGUGGUGGCAUCCGCACCCGUAAAGGCGCCCCCGAACCGUAGGGUGCCGCCGCCGCCGGUGCGACAGCCUCCGCCGUUCGAGACGCUGCCCGCCGUCGACGUCCGCGGGCUUGCCUUCACCGACGCCUACGUCGACCCGUCGCUCGUCGCGAUUGCCAACGAAGAUUUGCGCUUGAAGGCGCUCGGUAUCUCGUACGCCGAGUCGGAUUUCAACCCCGUGUACGUUGACAUCCUCGAGCGCGUGGCCAUCACGCGCGAGAAGGGCCUGGCCAUCACCGACUUGGCCGGUAGCCUCGCGCAGAGCGACGUCAAGCGCGUCCACCACUUCUUGGACGGCCUCAUUGCGCGCAAUCUCGUGGUCAAGCGCAUCAUCUUGGUCGAGAGCAGGCGCUUCAACAUGAUCCAUCUGACGCGUUUCGCCGCGCUGUUUCGACCGAGCAUGCUCGCGCCAGGCGCGACGUUGGAAGACGAGCUGUACAACAAGGGCGCGAUGGUCACGCGCAUGCUGCAGUCGCUCCGCGCGCACAAGGAGUCAACAGCCGUCUUUGCCGACAUUGCGAAGCGCUUCAAUUGGAGCAAACGCCUCCAAGAGACGAUCCGGAACUACAUUGUGCAAGAGAUGCUGCGCGACGCGGCGUAUCCCGUGCAGGUCUUCACGGCCACGUGCCGGUCCAGCCGGCGCUCGUCGGGGCGCAAGCUGUGGUGCGUCAAGGUGUACGAGCCACCGGUGGAUGCGCCGGCGAAGCACCGCGCCUCGCACCCGCCGCGCUGCGAGCUUGGGCCGCUCGAGCACAUCUAUUCGCUCAUCGCUGAUACGCCCGAAGGCCUCACGAUUCCCCAAGUCCGGGAUCGGUGCGGCAUGUCGGACAAGGUGAGCUACAAGAAGGUCCAGUCGCUCCUCUUGAGCUACAGCUUGGAGACGGAGAAGCUUCUUGUCGGGCGAAGCACCUCGUACCGCUUCCGCGUGCCAUCGACGUUGCCUCUCGAGAGCAAGCCUGCACCGGACACCGUCAAGGCUGAUUUGAGACGACCGAGCCUUCGGUCGUUCGUGGCGAGCUCGGGCCAGCAGCCGGUGGCCAACGUCAUCGAUGUCCGCACCGAGUUUGCGCUCUCGGUGGUCACGGAGAAGCAAAUCGUGUCGCUCGCGACGUUCCGACGUAUGCUCGUCCUCCGCGAACACGAGAAUGGGACGGCCAAGACGUCCAAGGGGUUUAUUGACCACCGGACGAUCACGCGAAUCUUCCAAACACUCGUGAAGAAGAAGGCCGUCGUCUUCCUCGACGUGCUCGUGCCGUCCAGCGCGCCGCGCCACCGUCGCAAAGUACGCUGCGUCGCACUCACGAGCGCAGUCGCUGCGCCAGGACAGCCCGCGAUCCGCCACUUCAUCGAGACGUUUGCGUCCAACGACGUCUCGGACCUUGCGAUGCUGCACAACGACGACUCGAUGCGCAUUGUCGUCCGAGACCCACUCGCCGCGCACAAGGCACCCAUGACCAAGACCGUCGUGUACAAGAAGAGCUCGCAUCUCUCGACGGAGCGCCAGUCCGUGAUCUUGGGCCAGCAAAACCGCCGGCUCGGCAUGGCGUUCGGGCUCGCGUGCCGCACCAAGCUGCUCCACCUCGCGAUCUGCGAAAUCCUCAUGUCGCUCGGGCUCUGGGACGCAACGACGCCGUCGCCGAUCACGUUUUCGCUGCUGCAAGUCAUGUCGCGCAUUCCGUUGGCGGAUUUUGUCCAUAUCUUCGGCUGCUGCGAGCGACUGACGACCGCCGAAGAGACGGAGCUGCACCGUGUGCUUCGCUCCGAGUCGCCGGCGUGGCGCGACCUCUCCGAGUCGGUUCUGAGCAAGAUCACCAAGAACAAGUGGCGCCGCAUUCGGCGGCUCAUGGACCACUUGCGGGAUCUGCAUGUCGUCGUGCAAGAAGCGGCGACCGCCCGCGCGAGCGUCGUGCCCGCAGUUUUUGACGACGUCGACGACAUGGUGCUGCAGGCCGCGGAAGACACGAUCACGGGCGGGCGCUUUGUGCUGCACCGCGCGCACAUGGACGUGCCGGUGACGCACGAGGCCAAGAAACACGACCGCGUCGUGCUCCUCGACGACGCGAGCUUUCUCCGGCCGGUCACGUUUUUCAAGUUUAAACGCGUCGACGAGAACCACAAGCUUCGCGUGCGCCAUACGUUCAACUCGCUCGACGACGUCAAAGCGUUCUGGGACAUUGUCGAGUGCAUCUCGAUCGAGCGCACGCGGUUUGAGCUCGUGGGCGAGAACGGCUUUGCGUCGCCCUGCUUUGUGGCGCCGGCCAUGUUUGCGAACGCGUCGUAUGUGCGCCACGCGUGGAUCGACCGCGUCGCGCCCAAGAAGCUGCUCGUGCCGCGCACCAAGCCGGCCGCGACCCGCCAGCGCCGCAACGAGCGCUACUCGAACCACGUCGCGUCGUAUGUGCCCAAAAACUCGCACCGGAAGCGGCCGGUCAAGGUCUCGGCCGAGCCGAUCCGCAUGAAGCUCAAGUACCCGCUCAUGGAAGCGACGGAGGAGAAGGCGCUCGUGCUCUACUUUGACGAGCUCCCGAGCACGUGGCAGAUUCCGGUGCCGGUCGAGCUCCGCCUUCCGAACGAACCGAAAGCGGUGUUUCGCAACCCGCGCCUCGGUCGCACCAAGAUCAACUACAAGGCCAUGUGCACCAAGGUGGGCCAUGCACGCCCGAUGGACCUCAAGCGCCGCAUUCAGUCGCUCAUGAAAGACCCGGUGCACAAGAAGCGCAAGCGCGACAUGGAGGCCGAGAUGCUCUCGGCCACGAACCCGUCCGGCCUCUUCCUCGAAGAGAUGACGGUGCACCAGUCACCGCGCUUGUACAGCUGCUUUGUCCGCGCCGUCCAAAUGAUGCUCGAGCCCAACGAGGUGUACAACGCCAAGGUCGCGGACGCGCUGUUUGCCCUCUGGAGCACGACCGAGCUCCAAAUGGUGUGGCGGUACCUCUGGUUCAGCCACAUGUUUGUCAAGGCGACGCAAAAGGACCUCGGGCACCGCCGGGGGUUCUCGCUCGCGCCGAGCACGUUUGAUUUCCUGCGGCUCGCCCCGACGCUGCACCCGAUGCCCAUGUGUCUCGAGGCCGCGGACGCCGCCGCGUCUCUGAACGGCCUCGAUGAUGUCGAGGCCGAUGUGCCGGCCAACACGGGCGCGGGCCACCUCGCCGUGCUUCUCUCGGGCGCCGUCACGGGUGCCAUUUCGCUUUUGCCGUCGUUUGAAGCCGCGUCGGACGUCGAGCUCGUCGAGCCGCCGCGCAAGAAAGGGCACGCCAAGUACUCGGACGGGUUUGUCGGCCACCUCGUGCGGUUUACGAAGGGCCAGUCGCCCGACCUCUUUGAUGACAAGUGGAGCGUCACGUCCAAGAGCCGGAGCGAGCACGACGUGUCGGACAUUGUGUAUGGCGUCGAGGACGACGAGAUGGACAUGGACGACGACGACAUGGACGAGAAUGACGAGAUGAUGGCGUGGGAGUGCCACUGCGCAGUGCGCCACGCCUCCCUGGACGCGUGCCAGACACUCUUUGAGACCAAGUUGCUUCGGCUGCUCACGGAGGCUGGUCCGCUCGGCGUCGCCAGCACGUACCUCUUCAAGCAGUAUCGAUCGCAAUACUCGGCGCCGCAGCUCCUGUCGCGGCUAGCAUCGCUCGUCGCCGCCAGCAAGGUCCUCGAAGCGCACUCGUUUGCCGAGCUGCGCUACGUGGCCGCGUCCGAAGCCGCCCUCUGGCAGCUGCGGCCGUACGCGCUCCAAGACGGGACCGUGCGCUUUGACGAGUCCCAGCUGCCGCUGGCGUCGCGGCCGUGGCUGCAGCUCGACGGCAGCGUCAACACGACGUGCCUCCUCGUGCUCAAGCGCGAGGCUGCGAUGCUCGCGUGGCGCUUCCCGGGCUUGAGCGAAGCCGAGCUCCAGCGACAGUUCCGGGGGCUCCUCGGCCUCCAAGACACGCGCUGCCUCGCGUUCAUGCUCAUUGAGGACGGCGUGCUCUCUUGCCGUGCCACGAAACUCAGCACGUCGUCGCUCUUCUCGAGCAGCCUCCCGCCCGCGCCCGUCCGAGGCGAGUACCACAUGGACCGGUCCGAGUACGUUCUGCGCUUCUUCCCGACCGUCUCGCUGGUCGAGAACCUCGGGAGCACGAUGGACGAUCUCUUCCACAACUAAGCUUGUCUAGGGUAAGAAUUGAGUUUGGCAACAAUGAC